UUCGUAACGUGAUCGUCACUCGGUAUUUCCGACAGCCUCAUCUCACGACAAUUUCACCACUUUAUCUGCGGUCGUGCUGGUGCUGCGACCCUUCUCCUGCGUAGAGCAGACUCAGCACGCCAAUGGUUGUACCAUCUGAGAAAGCUGCUGUCGAUUUCAGCUACUUCGGUGGUGCGGAAUCGCUCUUGGAGGGCAGGUCUCCCCGCAGGACGGCGGUCGCCUCCCCAACAGCUAAAGAUGAUGGCAAACACCAUAUUGCUCCGCCGCAGGACCCGUCUGAUUUUCUCUGGAUCAUGACGGAGGAGCCGCACCGCAGCCGCCGCAUGGCGAUCAUGAAGGCUCAUCCGGAGGUGAAAAAACUGAUGGGAUAUGAACCGCUCACAAAAUACGUCGUGUUCUGUAUUGUUUCGCUCCAAAUCGCCGUCGCGUACCUGCUACGAAACACCAAGCCUCUGUCACCGUUGUGGUGCAUUUGUGUCUACGUCAUCGGCGCGACAGCCAACCAUAACCUGUUCCUCGCCAUUCACGAGAUUUCCCACAACCUUGCCUUCAAGGGAAUAUGGGCGAACAAGGCACUCUCUGUGUUCGCGAACUUGCCUAUCGGGGUUCCGUACUGUGCCGCGUUCAAAAGAUAUCACAUGGAACAUCAUAAAUAUCUUGGAGAAGACGGCAUAGAUACAGACCUUCCCACCCACGUGGAGCUCAUCUGUCUCAAUAACGUUCUCGGAAAAGUAUUCUUCGCUACAUUCCAGAUAUUCUUCUAUGCCCUACGUCCGGGCUUCGUGCGCACGCAACGUAUCACUCAAUGGCACAUCACCAACUUGAUCGUACAAGUCGUCUUCGACUACGUGCUCGUCAAGACUUGCGGUGUUCGCCCGCUCAUAUAUUUGCUGGCGUCAAGCUUCUUUGCGGGGAGCCUGCACCCGUGCGCGGGCCACUUCAUCGCCGAGCACUACGUGUGGGAUGGCCUUCUCCAAGAGACGUACUCGUAUUACGGCCCUCUCAACAUCCUCGCUUAUAAUGUUGGGUACCAUAACGAACACCAUGACUUCCCAUCGGUCGCAUGGACACGGCUGCCAGCGCUACGUGCGCUCGCACCGGAAUUCUACGACACGCUCCCGUCACACCCGUCCUGGCCCAUGGUCACCAUCAACUUCAUCCGUGACCCGGAGGUCGGCAUCUUCGCACGGGUGAAGCGUCCGAUGAAGGGCAAGGCGCAGCCUGCGCAGGAAACUAAGCAGCCUAAGAAUGCUGCCAAGGAUGCUAGUGACUCGGAUGAGGGGACGGAGUAGGCGAGUUGCGCGGGGGAACAUUUUAUUUCUGGUGCUCCAAAUAGCCCGGACGCUCGAUUCUGAACAAUGCAUUGUAUACUUGUGAGUUUGUCUGUGAAUGACGCGGUCACAUGAAAUGCACGUGGGCGCGUCUUGCCCCUCUCGCUCGCUCGGGCUUUCAGCUCAUUCAAUCUCCAUUCCGCCGCAGCAUCAUGCGGCCUACUCUCCUACCUGACUUGCUACGGACUGGAAAAGAUUUCAGAAGGAGGCUCUCUGCAGUGGACAACCUUUGAAUCAGUCAAGUUAAGUACAAAUACAUUUACCAAUGAGGUAUCUGUGAAGGUCCGGCAUGGCUAAUAGGCGGCGUAGCGUUACCUGAAGUAUAAGAUCGAGAGUUGCAUUGAAAGGCAUUUCUAUGUCAC